CCCUCCCAUCUCUUCUUCUAUAUAAUUCACCAUGUCUGUUAUUCCUCGGCACCUCCGCACCAUUUCCAUUUCCACCACCACUCCAUGGGAAGCAUGAAGGUGCAUCAACUGGCACGUGGCUUAAUCACCACCUGGGACCACGAACCCUCCCUCACUCUCGGCUGCAAACGCUUACGUCCACUUGCUCCCAAGCUCGCCGCCACCACUUCCGACUCAGCAGCCGCUGUCUCCGCCGCUUUCGACCUCAAGAGCUUCAUCAGACCUGAAAGCGGCCCCAGAAAGCUCGGCUCCUCUGAUGAUCACAAGAAAGACUCCCCUCCGGUGGAGACGCAUCCAGGAGGGACAAGGUGGAACCCGACGCAGGAGCAGAUAGGAAUAUUAGAGAUGUUGUAUAGAGGAGGAAUGCGAACUCCCAAUGCCCAACAGAUCGAGCAAAUCACGGUGCAGCUCGGCAAGUAUGGUAAGAUAGAAGGCAAAAAUGUCUUCUACUGGUUUCAGAACCACAAAGCUCGCGAGAGACAAAAGCAGAAGCGUAACAGUCUCGGUAUUACGCAUAGCCCUAGAACACCACCCACCAUCAUCGCCAACAUCGUCUCUUUCAACCCUAGGAGAGAAAUGGUGGAAAGAGAAGAAGAUAGUGCUUACAAGAGGAAGUGCAGGAGCUGGGGAUUCCAGAGCUUGGAAUUGGAAGAAACGAGGAGAUGUAAAGAGGAGGAGAAUAGAACUCUGGAGCUUUUCCCAUUGCACCCGGAAGGCAGAUGAAGGGGUUUGAAUUAAGAAGGGAAUAAUAAUUAAGAAAAGAAAUUAAUAAUUAUUCCGAGUAUUAUUCGAAUUUACUUGAGCGUUUGCUGUCAAAAAUGGUGAUCAGAUCCUGUUUUGAUGUGGUCUUUUUCUUUUCUUGGUUUCGGGAAAGAAGAAAGACAAAGUUGUCUGGUUGUAAUCUAUCUCUCUACUGCUGGUUAUUAUUCCUGAUCACUUGAGACUCCCGAAGCUGUUUGUAAAAUCACUCUUUAUUCCAUUUCUGCAGCUGUCUCAUCCUUUUGACCAGAGAGCUAUACUCGUUGAAACCAGAGCUCUUUUAGGUUAAAAGUAGACACUGAAGUCCACGCACCUACAUCUUCUUCUUAACCCUAAUUUCUCCAUUUUUCAAUUUUCUUUUUUGAAAAAAGCUACAAGUGGGAAAAGGGUUCUUCCUUCUUCUUCCUCUUAAUCUUGCCUCCUCCUCGAUAACAUUAUAUAUAUAUAUAUGUGCAUCUAUCUAUAUAAGUUACUGCAGCAA